CAACCCAGCUAUUACACUUUUUUAUUUCGUAUAACCAUUUGGGUGCUAAAAUCGGAAGUGAAGCUAUUCGAUUUGCUGACAGUACCAAUCACUUCACUGCUAUUAACAUACCGGAAUUUUAAGAAAAUGGUAAACAUUCAGUGAUACACCGUCUACAUGCGCAGACUUUUCUGACGAAGUUGUCAACUGUCCACACACGACCAAAUUGUUGUAUUCUUCAUGAAACUGCAAUCUAUUACUGUGUUCAAACAGUGCCUAAAUUCAGAGAUAUUCUCCAGAAAGAUUUUAUAUUUUAACCCGAUAAAAGGGCUUCACAAUAUCAGAUGACAUUGAUAGAGCAGAAUCUUUAAUUUGUCAUCUUUUAAAGACUAAAGGAAGAUGUUGCAGAGAACUGUUUACAUAGAUAUAUGGUAAAUUACUGAGAAAUAUUUCUGCUUUGAAUUUAAUACCAACAUUUCUCUUCUGUGCCUGGCAUGUGUAUAAGAAGAUUUUGAAUUAUAAUUAAACUCGGAAAAAUUUACAAAGGAGUUUACAUCUUCUAAUGUCAACAAAGAUCACAGCUGAUGGAAAUAUAUGAGUAGAAAUAUCUCCAGCAACAUAAAAAUAUGUGAGUGGGAAUAAAUUACAGAAAAGUGGAUUAUAUGUGAAACUUCAAGGAUCAUUUUCUUUUCUAUGAAGAGAUGCAGUUGGGAGAUAAGCAAGUUAUUAUACCAUUGUAAAAAUGUCAGUGUCUCAAAAAAAGGUUACCUUAACUUUUCACAAACACAUCUAUACUGGAGAGCAGCCAUAUUAUUGUGAUAUCUGUGGUAAGUCAUUCUCUCACAGAAAUGCUUCAACUGCUCACAAAUAUAGUCAUACAAAAGAUAGGCCAUAUCACUGUGAUAUCUGUAGUAAAUCUUUCUCUCAAAAAGGUCACUUAACUACUCACAAACGUAUUCACAGUGGGGAGAAGCCAUAUCACUGUGAUAUUUGUGGUAAAACAUUCUCUGGAAGUGGUGAUUUAAAUAAACACAAACGUAUUCAUACAGGAGAGAAACCAUAUCCCUGUGAUAUCUGUGGUAAAUCAUUCUCUAUAGGAAAUAGUUUAAUUAAACACAAACGUAUUCAUACAGGAGAAAAACCAUACCACUGUGAUAUCUGUGGUGAAUCAUUCUCUGAAACUAGUCCUUUGACUAAACACAAACGCAUUCAUACAGGAGAGAAACCAUAUCACUGUGAUAUCUGUGGUAAAUUGUUCUCUGAAAAUGGUCAUUUAACUAAACACAAACGUGUCCAUACAGGAGAGAAACCAUAUCACUGUGAUAUUUGUGGUAAAUCAUUCUCUGGAAGUAGUAACCUGACUACUCAUAAACGUAUUCAUACUGGAGAGAAGCCAUAUCACUGUGAUACUUGUGGUAGAUCAUUCUCUGAGAGUAGCCACUUAACUGCUCACAAGCGUAUUCAUACAGGAGAGAAGCCAUACCAUUGUGAUAUCUGUGGUAAAUCAUUCUCUCAGAAUAAUCAAUUGCUCACUCACAAACGUAUUCAUACAGGUGAGAAACCAUUUCACUGCAAUAUCUGUGGAAAAUCAUUUGCUGAAAACGGUCAUGUAACUAAACACAAACGUAUUCAUACUGGAGAGAAGCCAUAUCACUGUGAUACUUGUGGUAAAUCAUUCUCUGUAAGUAGCCACCUGACUGAACACAAGCAUAUUCAUACAGGAGAGAAGCCAUACCAUUGUGAUAUCUGUGGAAAAUCAUUCUCCCGUGGAAAUACCUUAACUUCUCACAAACGUAUCCAUACAGGUGAGAAGCCGUACCACUGUGAUAUAUGUGGAAAAUCAUUCUCUGGAAGUAGUCAAUUGUUUAAGCACAAACAUACUCACACAGGAGAGAAACCAUAUCAGUGUGAUAUCUGUGGUAAAUCAUUCUCUCAAAAUGGUGUCUUAACUAAACACAAACGUACUCAUACAGGGGAGAAGCCAUAUCACUGUGAUAUCUGUGGUAAAUCAUUUUCUCGAAAUGAUCAAGUAACUUCUCACAGACGUAUUCAUACAGGAGAGAAACCAUAUCAUUGUGAUGUCUGUGGUAAAUCAUUCUCUGCAGGAAGUAGCUUAACUAAACACAAACAUAUUCAUACAGGAGAAAAGCCAUAUUGCUGUGAUAUCUGUGGAAAAUCAUUCUCUGAAAAUGGUGUCUUGACUAAACACAAGCGUACGCAUACAGGGGAGAAACCAUAUCACUGUGAUAUCUGUGAUAAAUCAUUCUCUCAAAAAAGUCACUUAACUAUGCAUUUAUUUAUUCAUACAACUGAGUAAACUGUAUCAAUGUCAAAACUUGGAUCAUGGUAAAUGCAGCGCAACACAUGGCGCAUAAACUGAUUUUUGUCAAUGAAAUUUUUCUUUUGAUCAUUUUAUUUGCUCAACAAAAGUAUCAGUAUUCAUAAAACCAGUAUUGAUACUAUAUCAAGAAGAUGAAAGUACAUACAUCUUAUACAGUAUUUUUCAUUCACAGAUUUUGUUGAUCAAAUGUAUUAUUUUUUUUCUUCUAUAUAUUAAGUAAUUUUAUGAAUAUUGAUACCUUACCAUAUUCAUAAAAUUGCUAGGUAUACUAACUAAAAAGAAAAUUUACCAUGAAUUCAUUAUAUAGAAAAGUAGAUAUAACAGUGUGAUAACUGUCCAACACUAUAUCAUAUAAACCACAACUGUAUCUUCAUUGGUGAGGUAUAUUACCACUCUGACAUUUUCAAUAAAAAACAUUCUUUCAAAGACUCAUAUAUUCCAUCUAACAUAUUUCCAGAAGGGAGAAAAGAUAAUAUUGGUUUAUUUGAAAUUGUGGGACAUUCAGUGAGAAAUGUCUUGGAUAGUAUCACUACAUUUUUAUGUUAGAAAUACACAAUAUAAAUGAAAAUAUUUCACACCAGAAAUAGAUAUACAUGCAAUAUCUGAUAUACAGGGUGUCCACAAAGUCUGGGUACAUAGGGAUUAACACAUACUUCAAGAAAUUAUUAUUUCUUAAAUUUAAUUGUUUAUGUUAUGAUUUUAUUUACUCCAUGUACCCACAUGGGGAUUAACACAUACUUCAAGAAAUUAUUAUUUCUUAAAUUUAAUUGUUUAUGUUAUGAUUUUAUUUACUCCAUGUACCCAGACCUUGUGGACACCCUAUAUAACAUCUUAACAUUUGUGGAUUGUUGAAAAGCCUGAAGUUGCAAUCUUCAUCCAGGAAAAAUAUCCCUUUAUAGACAUAUUGCAUUAAGAAACACAAUAUUCUUCAGUGCCAGGCAAAAAUGAAGUAGUUAUAAAAGUAACCAUAAGAGCAACAGAGGCACCACUUUUGUGGCUGGUCAAUAUCGUGUAUUUAUUACUUCUAAAACAAGGUUGAAUCGGCCAGUCUAAAAUAUACGGAAACAGUGUGUAACCAACACACUGAUUUGCAAUGACACUGCUCAAGCUGAAUGAAAUUCAUGAAUACAUAACAUUGACAAGCUGCAAAGAUUUUGCUCUAGAGCUGAUUCUAUUGUAUAAUUCAAAUUUUAUUCAGCCUAAGUGGUAUCAUUGCAAGCAAGUGUAUUGUUUAUGCACUGUCUCUAUAUACUUCAGACUGGCCACUUCAACCUCAUUUCAGAAGUGACUUGUGUACAUGGCAUUGACAAACCACAUCACAUUUAUUGUCGUUUCUGGAGCAAUUUCGUUCUGUCUAGCUCUGUAGUAUGUGUUUUUUGAUGACUAUAAAGGGAUUUUUUUCCUGGACAAAAAUUAUAGCUUCAGGUUUUUCAAUGAUACACAUACAUUAAAUGUAUUAUAUAGAUAAAGAUUUUACUCUGGAGUUACUUUUGUUGCAUAAUUAGAAUAAUAUAUAUAUAUAUUAUAUGAUACACACACACACACCAUAGAAAGACAGAAUGGACACGUGGGAUAGAGUUGCUGAAGAGGUCACAGGAUGUGUAACAAAAGAUUUCAGACAAAGGACACUAAAAUAACAGUAAUAAAGCUAAAGUGAAG